AUGGGUCCCGGUGGCGAAAGGAAGGAAAAGGGAAGAGGGAGUGCGUGGGCCAGGGAUGCGGGUGGGCCCUCCUUCCCUGUCUCUUUCCCGCCCUCCCUGCCGCCCUCGGCUGGCAGCUGGCGGCAUUUCUACUCCGUCUUCGAGCUGGAGUGGGCUGCUUGGCUGUGCGCGGGCCGGAACAGGGAGGAGUCGUGUUGGGUGGGACUUGAAGGGGGGGUCUAUGACCUGACCGCCUUCCUGGAGAUACACCCGGGUAGCAAGGAGACGAUUUUAGUGAACGCGGGGGGAGACGCCACCGCCUUCUUUCAGGACGUGGGCCACAGGGGUAGGGCAUACCGAGGCCUGCGUGCUCCAUUCCGUCAAAGAAGCCUUGCGUGA